AUGCCUACUAUCGGACACCAGCUCAAGAACUUGAAGAUAUCGUCGCCUUCAAUGGCUCACAACGUCAACUCCAAGCUACGUGCAAACGUGAUUCUUGUUGCUAAAUACGACUUUGUCGCCGAGUCCGCCUCUGAAUUGACCAUCAAGAAAGGUGACGUCCUCAAACUCUUGGACAAACUCGCCAACGGCUGGGUUUUGGUGAAGUCGAUCGAGAGAGUGACCUCUCCUGGUCUCGUUCCAUGUCUCUAUGUCGACAUUGCUGUAAACGACCCCCUCCACCCUAUAACUUUGCAAUGGCUACAAGACUCUGGAACCUCUGCAACCACAAUUUUGGGAAACACGACAUUUUACGACGCUGAAGUCAAGCAACUUCUUCGCAACAACGAACCAAUCACCAUCAACAACAGACCAUAUCCGCUAGCUGCAUCGAUUACCAAUUUUCUCAUGUAUGACGACAGAUACUGGUAUCGGAUCGACAUAACCUACAGCACCCAAGAGGUCGCCUACUUAUGUCGCUACUACCAGGACUUUUACAAUCUCCACUUGUCUCUAUUGGACCAUGUGAGACAUUGGCAGAAGUCUUCAGAUGAAGAAUUGCCUGAUUACCUUAGAUUGCCAAAAUUACCUGAGCCGAUCCCGAGCAACAAAAGAGAAUCUUCCGAGCUCAGGUCUUUAUUAGUCGAGAGAUGCAAAGAUCUCGAUGCUUACAUCAAUCAGCUUAUUCUGAAUAAGCACUAUCAGGUUCUGCCCCCAUUGCUCAAGUGGUUAGAUUGCAAAUACGAGAAAGCACCCGGUUUUAUUGUUCCAAAACAUCUUAAUGAGACAAAUGACGUGAUCAACGAACGAGUCCUUCCAGGGUCCGUCAAGAUCUAUUCAAAACAGAGGGCCGAUAGUGCAACAGAAAGCGAGAGACUUCAUGCUGUCUUGGACAAAAGAGAAGAGGAAGACAGAGCCAAAAAGUUUCCCUUGACAUCUCCCAAUCCUAAUGAUAUGCAGAUGCCGAAGCAUUCUGUGGCAAGAAAUGUUUAUAAUCAUUACCAACAGGCACUGGUGUUUCAGAACGACCUCCGCAGAGCGAAGACGACCAAGGAUCUCAAGCGAUCUAAUACAACUAAGGAUGGGAGUCCUGGUCUUAUUCGAAAGGCGCCAUUUGGUGAUAAUAGCCCACAAUUCACAAGGCUGAAAACUACGUCACAAAGACGAGUCGUGACGGCGCCCACAGUGCUGCAAACUAGUGCGCCGCCGCCCUCCAAGCCAGUCACAGCGGCCUUAGUCAACAGCAAUCCCUUCACGAGGGCCGGCUCCGUCGCCGGUUCGAGGAGCGGGCGCCCGGGACGCAGCACGCCUGUUACCAGCUCGCCAAAUACUACUACGUCGUCAGGAAUCAGUACAUUCUCGCCGCCUUCGCAAAGCAUCAAUUCGUCUCCAGCAACACCAAAUAUGGGAAUCCCGCAGCUUAAAUGUCAGAUCAAAACACAGAGUCAAGAAAAGCUUUUGCUCAAGCUCAACAAAGCAGAUGUUACAUCCUUGGCAGAAUUCAAGCGGCUCGUAUAUCAAAAGAUUGUGUUCAAUAACCUUUUUAUUAAUUUACCACUGUCGGACACGUACGAAGAGAUGGACGCCGACCUGGAGGAACUCUUUGAACAGAUCAAGGCCAGUGAUAACAUCAACAUUCUAGUUACCUAA